UGGGAAGCGGUUUCUGUAGGUUUUUGACGUCGUUCAUCAAGAUUAGAAGGGAACUCAAUAUCGCUCUAACAAUUGUGCUUAUUAUUCCAGCUGUCCUGAAUUGAACUACAUCUGGCGUAAUAGAAACCAGCUCUCUUUGGGGCAUCAUGUGGUUAUCAACGAAAACCGUUCUGUCAGUCCUGCUGUUCUUCCUGUGGCUCAAAGGAUACCUCGGUCAUUCAAACCCAAGGGGGUGAAGUGCAGCGAAUGUGAUGAAAUGGUUUAUUCGCGACCACUGCUCUUACGACACAUGACUCAGAUCCAUGGAAUUCUCGCUCCGCUGAUCUACAAAACUUUUUCCGAUCGAGAAAGUCUUCAGAUUUGGUUAGAACAACUUCGCGAAACACAUGCGGUCGAAUUUGUGGUGUCAUCUGGUUCUAAAAAGUGGGGACAGGGUUUACAGGUUCACUAUCUUACAUGUUCGAGAAGUGGAGGGCAGAAAGAACGCCCAAACAAGAAGUCUCGGAAACCUACACGUCCAUCUAUAAAGUGCGGGAAGAAUUGUAUGGCCUACUUGAAGAUGAAACAGAAUCCAACAGUUUCGGAGCUCAAAAUCGAGGCUUGUUUGCACCACAGUGGUCAUGAAAUCGAUGCAUCGAAAAUCCAUCUUGAGCGAAGUGAAGUUCAGAUUCUCGGCAAUAAUGGGAGAUUUCGGCUUAUGACAGACGAAGGAUUAUGUCAGCAGCUGUCUAGAUGGAUACACCAGGUUUUGAACCCAGCUAUGAAGAGAUAUUUACUAUCUUUAUAG